ACACAAAUAUUUUUAGCAAUACACCACUGCAUUUAAACAGUUAUAAUGCACACACAUUUGAGUUAUAUAUAUUAUGCAUGUGACAAAAUAUGUUUCAAAUCCCUACAAUUUAUGUUUUUUGAAUUACAACAAAAUAACUAAAAUUGUUAGAGGAAACAACAGAAAUAUUGUUAUUCAAUCUAAAAUAAAUAAAUAUAAUGUAUAGUUUUAAGGCAAUGAUGUUCCCUUUUUAUAUCCUGGCUAAAAACAAAAAAAAAACAGCAUGAUUAUAUUGUAGGGUCAAAUCAACAACAGUAAAAUACACAUUUAUAAUUUAGUAUUAAUACACGAAUCUCUUAUGGCAAGAAAUCAAUCUUGUAUUAUAACUAUCGAAGACGAUUAUUAUCUACAAAAAGGAAAACCGCAAAAUAAUUUCAAAAUGAAAAACACAUUACUUUAUGUAAUAUUAAUUUGUUCAUUAAUUUAUAUAGUCAGCACAUUCAAAUUGCAAAGAAGGACUAUGCAGGAACAAAAAAAUAUUGACGAUAUCAAAGUAAUUCUUAAAGACUUGAGAAACGUAUCAACGUAUCAACGUAUCAUUGACAACUAUGAAAAAAAUUUAAAUAAUUCCAGCGUCACCACCCAUGAAGUUAACUCAAUGGCUGCAACAAAGAUAGCUUAUGAUUUUAUUUAUAGUACUUUAGAGAAAGUAUUUAAUAAAGGGGCUACACCGUCAAACUCCAUAAAUGGAACUAAAAAUCAUCAAAAUAUAACAUCAAACAUAUUCAACAAUUGCAAUAUAACAUACGUCAAUAGUAAAAAUAAAAUACCACUUAGAUGAAGCUUGCUUUUCAUCUAAGUGGUUUUAUUUUUACUAUUGACGUAUGUUAUAUUGCAAUUGUUGAAUAUGUUUGAUGUAUUUGAGAUACAUUUGAUGUGUUGUUAAUAGUUUGAUGAUUUUGAGUUCCAUUUAUUGAGUUCGUGCAGCCCCUUCAUUAAAUACUUUUUCUAAAGUACUAUAAUUAAAAUCAUAUACAUUAUUAUAUAUAUGUAUAUUAUUAUUAUUUUUUUGUACAAUACUGUAAAAUUUUCUAUUUACUCUGACAAUAAAGUGCUUAAAUAAUUGAUAUUAAA